UACACUCUCUCGAGUCUCUCUCUCCAUGAAAGAACCGCCUUCUCUCCCCCGCCUCCGGAAGAAACCCUCCGCCGCCGCCGGCAGCCCGUCAAGAAAGCUCAAGCUCGUCUGCAGCUUCAAUGGCGCCCUCCAGCCCCGCCCGCCGUCCGGCGACCUGCGCUACGUCGGGGGCGAGACCCGCAUCGUCUCCGUCGACCGCGGCGUCUCCUUCUCCCGCCUCGCGUCCAAGAUCGCCGACCUUUGCCCCAGCAUCCCCCGGGGUUCUCCAUCAAGUACCAGCUCCCCCACGCCGACGCCGGCGCCGGCGCCGGAAAAGGCGGCGGCGGGGACGCGCCCCUGGUCUCGGUCGCCUCCGACGACGACGUCAGGUGCAUGAUCGAGGAGCACGACAGGCUCGAGGCGCGCGGUAAGCACGCGAGGCUCUGGGUCUUUGUUCUUAGCGACGGUAGCGAUGGCAAAAAGGUCGUCCAGACGGUGGGGCUCGGGAAGGAUCGUGAUGCGCGGGGGGGUUUGUGUGGAGAGAAUGAGAUUUCGGGUAGGAGAGGGUUGGAGGGUUUCAAUGGUUGCGGAUUCGAGGUCCAGAACGGUCAGGAGGCCCGAUUUCGUGGCAAUUGGGUUGGUUGCGCGGUCGUUAAGAAUCCGCUGAAUGGUGUUGCCGGGACGGGAUUUCGUGAUGAUCCUGUUAGGAAUAUGGGGUGGAACGAGCCAAUUCUCGUGAAACAAUUGGCUGUUUACAAUAAUGUUCGAGAUGUUUUAAAUACAAACAUGGAAUUUUCCGCUCGCCGGGGGCGCGUGAAGUACGACCGGUCACCUGCUUGUUUGGCUUCUGGACCCCAAGCCCCAAUGGACCUGUUGGACCGUGUAAAAGUGGGCACGCAUUGUCCGGGCAGUGACAGUCGUUAUAAUCUUGUUCAAUUUUGGGUAGCACGCCCACGCCCCCUAACUCCAAGAAAUGGGAAUCUUCCAGUGCAAACAUAUGUAACUGCGCAGAUUUUGUCAAGGAAAUGUAGCCACGAGUUGGGGAUCUGCAAAGGAUGCUUGAGUCAUUAUAUUGCCGUACCCCAGGAUCCAAUGCAAUGGGGCAAUCCCGCAGUGGUUUUGAACAGUGAAAGUGUUAAUGCUCCGAAAAACUUGAGAAGGAUUGAGGCGGGGUUGCACAGUCAUUUGAACAGGGAAAACAUUGUACCAUCACCUCGCACCAAUCCACUCACCAGAAGAAGUUAUACUGAAGAGCCUUCAGCUGUGGCUGGCAGGGCAUGGGGAGCAAUGCAGAGCAGUAACCACAGCCAUAGAUCUGGGGCAUCUGAUGCAAGAUAUCAGAGGGUUCAUCCAUAUCAUGUUCGAAAUCAUCGCUAUAAUCCAGCUGAGAUGAAGAGCUAUCUAGCUGUUAAAGCUGAACCGAGGCUCUCAUUUGGAAAAAGUUGUCCUGGUCUCAAGCCUGUUUCUAAUAUGUCAAAGUAGGAGCAGUUCACAAGAACACAUCAGGCAGAGCACAAGGCAUGGACUGGAUUUUAUAACUGUUUGUCGAAUGGAAGCGUGAAUUUGAUGAACUCCUAUUUGAAUUGUGAAAAUCCUUGCAUUUAUGCUCAAGGUGUGGAUGGGAAGCCAGCUGUGCAUCACAAUUCCAUAUGUUGAUCGACAUGCCUAGAGGUGAUGGAUGCUCGAGAAGAUAUCCAAUCCGCAUUAAAUGCAUAUAAGAACACUGUAAUACAUCAAACCUUCCCUGAAAAUUUCCUUAAUGGGUCAAAAUGUGAUUCUAACAUAUACAAGAAACCACCUCCUAUGGAUCCUUUGGAAAGUUCUGACUUUUGCCUCUUGCCAAGUGACAGCAAACAUAGUGACAGCACAGGCAUGAGAUGCAAUGGCAAGUAUCCCAGUGGAUCAAUGGGCAUUAACUUGUCAAGCUAUAAUAAUAACAUUUCUUCAUCAGUUGAUCUGUCAUUACACCUCUCAUUGUCAUCACCCAAAGAUGUGGAACUAUCUGCACAUUCUUCUCAUGCAACAAGCGACAUUUCUAAUGCUUUGACCAAGCCACAAACCAAGUCUAUAGAUUUGAUGGAGUUUAGCACGGGCCCACAACUUGAUGAAUCAAAUGGAGUUCAAUCUGAUUAAUCUUCAGAGGAUGUCCCUAAGGUGGAAAAAGAUCAUGUUUAUGAAGAUAAUCCGGAGGAACUUUCAUCAGGUUUAAGCAUUGAUGACAAGGAAAAGUUUAAAGGGAGUCCCAAGUGCUCUAAAAUAAUUGGUGGCAUCUCAACAGACUUGACCGCUUUUUAUGCACACCUCACUUCUCAAGGGCUGCAGACUAUUAGAACUACAGAUGUAGAAUGUAUAAAAGAACUGGGAUCGGGUACAUAUGGGACUGUAUACUAUGGGGAGUGGAAGGGAUCUGACGUUGCGAUUAAGAGGCUAAAAUCCUGUUGCUUCACAGACGGUGCUGCUCGGGAAGAUCGUCUGCACUGGAUGUAAGUUUUACUACGGAGAUAUAGAGUUCGCUGUGGGUAAAUCCAGCCAUCGAAACACCACCAUGUUUAUUCAUGGGAAUUUCACUUAAACAGCUUAUCAACUUCCAAGGAAUUCUGGUAGGUUCGAUAACUUACUUCAUAAUGUCGGUCUGCAUGGUUUUUUGUAUUUUGUCAUAAACUUUAAGUAGCUAUGUGAACUUCUAAAACAAGAUAUACAGGAUCAUUAUUUGGAAUUUUGUUGAAUAGCUUGGCCUAAAUAAGUAAAUGAAUGAUGAAAUACUGAUGCUUACAUCCCAUAUUCUCGGCCUCCAUUAGUCACAUUUAUCUAUCAAAAUCCAUGACUAGAUUGAUCUGCCAAUUGUAAUGGAAUUGAAGCUUUAAAACAAAAGAACGUUUGAUCAUGGUAUGUUUAUGGACUUUGCCUUGAACAUGUAAUGAAUAAGUUUCAUUUUCAGGUCAUUGGAAAAAGAGGCUGCUCUGGCUGAUCAUAACCAUUCCUCUAGUUGUAUUUGUCAUUUCAGCCUUCGUCGUUAUCUCAAGAUGGAAAAGCUACACCUGCAUAGGAACUGAAUCUACUCAUAAGCAAAAAUACGGUUCUUUUCUUUCUUUUUCUUUUUCUUUUUCUUUUUUUUGACCCAUUUCUCUCUGAACUGCUUGAUUCUUGAAGCAGCAUGGAAUGUGAAAGAAACAGACACAAAAAGGAGCCUGGAGUUGCUCCUGAUCCAACUGGACUCUGAUGUCUCAAUGGAAAAUCAAGACAAGCGCACUAGGUAUAUUGCUGGGGCCUGAAAUUGCUGUGAAAGGACUUUCUAGGAAGUCUGGACAAGGGCCAGAGGAGUCCAAGAAUGAGGUUCAGUUAGUUUCAAAGCUCCAGCACAGAAAUCUUGUCAGAUUGCUAGGUUGUUGCAUUGGGAGAGGAAAAACUCCUGAUCUACGAGUACAUGGCCAACAAAAGCUAGAUUCCUUUCUUUUCGGCAUUUGAUAAAACUUUUCUGAUCAGUUGACACUUCGGCAUUUGUUAAAACUUUUCUGAUCAGUUGACGCUAGCAAUCAUGUGUCCCUUGGAUUUAAACUGCUGGUGCAGAUCCUCACAAAAAACUGCUUCUGGAGUGGAAGAGAUGUGUAUAUAUCAUCGAAGGAUAACUCAAAACCUUCUUUAUCUGCACCAGUAUUCUAGAUUAAGGAUAUCCAUCAUGAUCUGAAGACCAGCACCAUUUUGUAGGAUUAAGGCAUGAACCCAAAAAUAUCAGACUUCGGGAUGGCGAGAAUUUUUUGAGAGAAUGAAGUGUGGGCAAAGACCACUAGGGUUGUCAGGACAUAAAGGUAUAUGUCUCCAGAAUAUGCUGUGCAUGGCCUUCCCUCUAUGAAGUCUGAUGUAUUCAGCUUUGGAGUGAUUAUGCUGGAGAUCAUUAGCGACAGAAAGAACACAAUCUUCACUCAUUUGAAUUACUCUCUAAACCUGCUAGGAUAACGCUUGGGAAUUGUGGAAAUCUGGAGGAGGGGUCAAGUUAAUGGACUUUAUUUUAACUGAUCCGUCUUCCGUAAGAGAGUUCCCUCAAUGCCUCCACAUUGCGCUGUUGUGCGUACAAGAGCAUCCAGAAGAUAGACCAAACAUGACAGAAGUCGUUUCAAUGCUAACUAAUGAGAGUUCCAAUUUGCCUUUGCCGAAACAGCCGGCAUUUUCUUCACAUGUUGGUUAUCGUGGUUCACAAGAGAAGCCAGAUUGCUCGUCAAUUGAACUGCUUAUGGAGCACCAUCAUUCAACUAGUUGUCCUGAUUUUUUGUUCUCCUCCAGUUUUCCUCGUUGUGGUUAAUCAGUAGGAAGAAACAUACUUUAGAUUCAUUUUAUGCUGUGAAUCAAAGCGUGGAUCCUUUUACGUGUUGUUCAUCUGACAGAGACCUUCACGGUGUAUUAUGAAGCCAACAAGGGUGUUGAAAC